CCCACGGUGGAGAAUCACACCUAAGGUACCUUAGGCUGCAAGCACCAAUAAAGUGAUGGUCUCGCGAGCCCUCACUCAUCACCCACGUACCUUAGUCCAGAGUGAUUUCACUCCAUCUCUUCAUCCACCCUCCUUGCCAUUCUUUCUCCGAGCAACACCAUCACCAACUUCAGCAGCAUGGCGUCUCCUUCCCCCGUGAGUGAAUGGCUCACUGAGCGGCCUUACACGGCAACUUUCAUAGCCAUCGCCAUGCUCCUCCUCCCUACCAUCUCACUCCUCCGCUCAUCUGGCGACAAAACCGCGGUUCCCAAACUCCCUUCCACCAUCCCCUAUGUCACAAACACAUACCACUACAUGACAAACAUGAAGACAUUCUACGAGCGCUCCAAAGCUCAGCUCCGAAAAACUUCCAAAAAUAUCCUCGCGUGGAACCUCACACCCUGGAUGAAAGUCUACCUCGUCACCUCCCCCGGCCACAUCCAAGCCCUCUUCCGACCCAAUCCCGCCAUUUCGUCAGAUAAAUUCUUCCACCUGAUCUAUGAGAACUUGUGGGGCGCUUCCCUUGCCGACCGCGAAAAGUUUCUCAACGACAACUCUGGGCGAGGGAAGGUGCCGUUGCCGGGCUACGAAAACGUUCUUCCUGAGCAGAGGUACUUUGCGGGGAUGCAUGCCGUUUUCCAUGAUCACCUCGCUGCAACGGCCAAGUCGAAUAUGCUCGCAGCCAUAUACCAGCGCUUCUUUGCGGAAGAGUUGGAAGGGAAGUUUCCGCUCGGAGAAGGCGUUGUCGAGGGCGUCCAACAACUGUUGAAUGUCCACAUGGCAACCGCAGCAACAGCAACCCUAGCCGGCAAAGGCAUCCUCGCCCGCUGGCCAAAACUAAUCGACUGGCUCUGGGACUUUGACAAAGUCGCCGCCAGCCUUGUCUGGGGUCUUCCGCGGUGGAUGAACCGCUCCGCUCUUGAAACUCGGGACAGUCUUCGCCACGCCUGCAAACAGUACAUCGAGGAAGAACUUGCAAAGGGCUUCGAUCUAGAGGCUGACCACGGUAACUGGGAGCCAAUCAUGGGCUCGACCUUCCAACGGGAAACGAUACGGUGGAUGAAGCAAGGCGGGUUCAGCACUGAGGCGAUGGGUGCCUCGACCAUGGUGGCGAUGCUCUUCGGAACAAACGCCAACAGUAUCCCCGUCACGGUUUGGUGUUUGAUGGAGGUCAUCGAAGACAAGUCACUGCUCGAGGCUGUCCGGGAGGAGGUCAACACCGUGCUGGAAACCGACCCCGAUACAGGAGCACGCACAAUCAAUAUGCAGAAACUGCUGGCGUUGCCCCUUUUACAGUCUAUCUAUGUAGAGUGCAUACGCCUCCACGUCUCCAUGAACGUCACCCGCGAGGCGAUAGCCCCGGUCAAGCUAGGGGAUUUUACCCUUGACAAGGGAUCGCUCAUCCAAGCCUGCACCGAAAUUUCCCAUCUUGACGAGGAGGUCUGGGGCGACGAGAACCAUCCCGCGACGGAGUUUUGGGCAGCACGACACCUCAAGUACGUCGACGAGACAGACGAAAAUGGCAACGUGAAGAAAGUGCCGCAGUUCUCCAUGGCGGGAAGGCAGAAUGAUUGGUUUCCGUAUGGCGGCGGUAUCUCGAUCUGUCCCGGACGACACUUUGCCAAGCAAGAGAUCAUGCUGACAACAGCCAUCAUUGUGGCGAGAUUUGAUCUCGAAUUGGUCGGAUGGGUUAAUAAAGACGGGACUCCCUCUGACAGACCGGCGCAAAACGAUGUCAAGUAUGCUGGUGCGGCUUCUGUGCCGCCUGAUCGGGAGAUGAGGGUGCGGUUUACGCGUCGAUGGUAAUUGCGGUUCUUGGCUACCUAUCUUUAAACACCUUUUGAAUAUCUUCAGAGGUCUGUAAGCUAUCUUUAGGGGUAGGUGUAUGCUGAUCAUCUUUUGAGGUGUGAAUCUGGAUAAUCUGUUGGGUUAGCUUGACUUUGUUUUUUAUAAGUUCAUCCAUCUGUCUGAUGCCAGCAGGAUAUAUAUUUCAACUCGAGCUCAA